UUCUGAACGCUGUGUUCAUCUGCAGAAGGGAUCGAGCGUAGAGAUAAUGUAUGCAAAACUCUCAAGGGUCGCUCGUAUGCUAAAGUCGUCUCCAAUCCAAGAGCUUUCGCAGCUCGCCCAAAGAAUCGGCGCCAUUAACCUGGCCGAGGGUUUCCCCGACUUCCCCGCGCCGCCAGAUUUCAAGGCUGCCGCCGUCUCUGCCAUCAACUCCGAUUUCAAUCAGUAUAGGCAUGUGCAAGGCAUUUGUGAAUUACUGGAAGAAAAAAUGAAACGAGAUCAUGGCCUUCAUAUAAAUCCACUCACUGAUGUUGUGAUCAGCUGCGGCCAGACCGAAGCAUUUGCUGCAUCUAUAUUUGCUGUGAUCGACCAUGGGGAUGAAGUUCUUUUGUUUGAUCCUGCUUAUGAAACAUAUGGGCCAUGCAUUUCUUUGGCUGGAGGAAUACCUGUCUAUGUGCCAUUGGAUCCACCUUAUUGGACUUUUGACGUAGAAAAAUUUAAAAAAUCCUUCACAAGUCGGACAAAAGCUGUGGUUCUUAACAGCCCGCAUAAUCCAACUGGGAAAGUUUUCACCACGGGAGAACUUGAAGCCAUUGCUGAAGCUUGCCGCAGCAGGGAUUGUAUUUGCAUUACUGAUGAAGUAUAUGAGUAUAUAACAUUUGGCAUACAUAAUCAUGUGUCCAUUUCUUCUCUUCAUGGGAUGCAAGAAAGGACCAUCAUCACAUCAUCAUUGUCAAAAACAUUCAGUGUCACAGGUUUGUUAUGCUUCGCAAACUCAACAGGUUGGAGAAUAGGUUGGUCUUGCGCACCAUCCAAUAUUGCAUCUGCGAUAAGAAAUAUUCAUAUCAAUAUAACAGAUUCAGCACCUGCACCUUUCCAAGAGGCUGCACUUACGGCUUUAAGAAGCUCCACAGAAUACUUCAAGUCCCUUAGAACUAGCUAUGAGGCUAGGAGAGAUAAUGCUGUUGAGACUCUCUCUAGACUUGGUUUCCAAAUACAGUUCAGACCGCAGGGUUCAUUUUUUCUAUUUGCAGAGCUUCCAGAGAGCUGGUUACAUUCUGAUGUGGAUUUUGUGAGGGAGCUGAUCAAGAAAGGUGGGGUUGCUGCAGUACCUGGAUGCGGUUUCUUUCAUAACAGUUCCAAUAAUGAAAAUAAAUAUUACAAUAGAUUUGUUAGAUUUGCAUUUUGCAAGAGUGAUGAAACCCUUGCGGCUGCUGCUCAGAGGAUUAGAGAGCUCGAAGUCAUCGGAGACAAGGGUUUACUUAAGAAAUUAUGAAUUUAAUGUUUGAUCACUUGAUGAUUAUUUUUCCAGCUACUGACUCUAUUAUUUAACAUUGCUAAACUAUUAGCAUGCUUAAUGAAGAGGUAAGUUAUCGGCUUUGUUAUAACUCUUACUCUUUAGUUAAUUUUCGAACUUCGAACAUUUUUA